UCUCAAGUCAUAGUUUCUUUCUUCAUCUUCUUCAUCAAAUUAUGUUGUUGAUUUCUAAAUCAUUAUUUUGAUUCUCAUUUCUCUCUGUAAUGGAUGGUCUCGCCCUAGUAACCGCCGCUACAACAUCCUCCUCCAUCGUCGGUGUCGCCGGCGUUCGUCCUCCCUCCUGUAUAUCACCGCUAAUUAGAACCAAACGCAUCUCCUUGCGUAGAAACUCUUGUAAAUUCGUUGUUCUCGCGUCUAAAGAUGACUCAAAACUCGACCCCUGGAUUCAGAUGGAACUCAAGUUCGGUCAGAUGCUCGGCGAAGACCCCAAGCUCACUAUGGCCAAGAUUAUGGCUAGAAAAUCAGACCCCGAUGCAUCUUAUCUCGCUGUUGAGAAAGAAUUUUACGAUAAGAAGGGGAAAUACGAAGAAGUGGAGGAAGUCCCAUUUGAUCUGGGAAUUGACAGUAACACUGACAAGAAGUUAUCUACAUCUUUGGGUGGAUUGAAUUUGAUUCGUCCAGUGCCAAAGAAAGGAGUGAAGUUCGAAAAUGAAACUAAGCCUGCAAUAUCAGAGUUGAAGAAACCAAACCAAUCAAUAAAGAAGCCAAUAGAUAACAAAAGAAGUAGUGUUCCCAAUGUUAUUCUUCGGAAGCCAACAACAUAUGCGGAGGAGGACGACAUUGGAGCUUCCAAAAUUAGAAUGAAACCAAAUUUAUCAUUCGGUACAGGGAAUGAUCAGAAGAGAGAGACGUUCAGUGACAUCACAUUGUUAAAGAAGCCGGCUCCAUUUAUUAGCAAGGAGAAUCUUGAUGAUGAGCAAGAUCCUAUUGUUGAACGAAGGACCAGAAUUGAAGGCGAUGGCAUUGAGGUUUCUAGAAGCAUCGAUGCCACAAUUUUGAGGCAUCCUGAAAGGAUGGAUGUAAGUCUAACUUCAGAUGACAGUAAACUGACUAAGGAUAAUUCAGAAAGCACAAAAGAACCUAAAGGGAAUGAUGAUACAAUAGAAAGGUUAAAUGCUUCAUCCUCUGCUGUUCCUCCACUGGAAAUUGAACCUGCUGCAGGAUUACAGCCUAUUGAGUCUUCAGAAGAGGAGGCAACUGAGAAAGAAUCAGUUGCGGAUUCUGAAUCCAGGUUCUCCAUGGAAGCAGCAUUGCUGCAAGGCAAACCGACCAGAAUGGAUCAAUCUCUUAAAGAACCUCCAACACUUACUACAGAAGUUACAGGAAUUCAGAGUGCUGGAUUAAUAUAUGACGGUCCUUUUGAGUUUCAAAGUUUUGGUGAAACAUCACCCAUUAAGGAACAUGAAGAUAUUUACUGGAGCAAGGUAGAAGAAUUGAACAGAACUGGAGGAAGAGAAGAAGUGGAUUUGAUAAGUGCGAGUUCGAGAGGAUUUGUUGUUUCUUUUGGUUCUUUGAUAGGAUUUUUACCAUACAGGAACCUUGUAGCCAGAUGGAAGUUCAUAGCCUUUGAGUCAUGGUUGAGGAAAAAAGGCUUAGAUCCAUCUAAAUAUAGGCAAAACUUAGGAAUUGUGGGAAAAAGCAAUUCGGACAACAUUUCGGCCUUGGACACAGCUUCAGCUACUAACAUUGAUCAAAAGUUUGAGGAAGAAAUUUUACCAGAUAUGAAACUGGAUGAUCUUUCGAGAAUCUAUGACCAAGAAAAACUCAGCUUCUUGUCUUCUUUUGUGGGUCAGAAAAUCAAAGUGAAUGUGGUGUUGGCAGACAGAAAGACCAGAAAAUUAGUAUUUUCUAUAAAACCAAAAGAGAAGGAAGAAAUGCUGACGAAAAAGAGAAGCCUUAUGGCUCAGUUAAGCAUUGGAGAUGUUGUGAAAUGCUGCAUAAAAAAGAUAACUUAUUUCGGUAUUUUUGUUGAGAUUGAUGGUGUGCUUGCACUUAUUCACCAAACUGAAGUGUCAUGGGAUGCCACUUUAGACCCUGCUUCAUACUUUAAAGUUGGUCAGACCGUGGAAGCUAAAGUUCACCAGUUGGAUUUCUCACUUGGACGCAUUUUUCUCUCACUGAAGGAAAUCACGCCAGAUCCACUAAUUGAGGCUUUGGAGGCUGUAAUUGGUGAUCCCACUUCUUUAGAUGGAGGAUUAGAAGCAGCCCAAAAGGAUACAGAGUGGGCAGAUGUGGAAAUACUUAUCCAGGAACUUGAAAAAUACGAAGGAAUCCAGAGUGUAUCAAAAGGUCGAUUCUUCUUAAGCCCUGGAUUAGCUCCUACUUUUCAGGUGUAUAUGGCAUCCAUGUUUGAGAAUGAAUACAAGCUACUUGCUCGAGCCGAAAAUAGAGUACAAGAGGUGAUUGUUGAAACAUCUUUGGGUAAAGAGGAACUGAAAAACGCCAUUACAACUUGCACCAACCGAGUCGAGUAACUGCUCGGUUUCUGUAAAUAACUUAACUUUUAUGCCCACCAAUCAAUCUAUAUGAUUUUAAUGAUGACAAGCAAUUCCUAUUAGAGAUAUAUGUUUGUUUGUUUUGAAAGGAUGAAAUCCAUUUUAUUAAUCUAAAAUUUUGAAAAUAAAUUGAUUCAGCUUAAUCCACAUGGGCACAUACAUUCUUUGUUAUAGAUAAUAAUCAAUUAUUAUUAGUUUUUGUCAUAAUUUCCUGUGAUUAAGGUA